AUGGGCUCUUCACAGUACGGUCUAACCAGGAUUCACAACGGCGUUUGGGCUUUGAUUUAUAGGCAAUAUCAUUUGGCGGGCUUUUCGUGCGCUGCUUUCGAUGUAUUUGGUAUGGGAAGAUGUGAGCGAGAGCAGGCUGAGUACAUUGACAGGUCCUUCUAUAUGAACACAGGUCGUAAAAACGCAAUGGUCGAAUACAUGGAUUGGGAGAAAAGGGUUUUGGACUAUUAG